UCCUCCUUCCCUCUCCCAGUGUCCUGCAGCUGACGGAGGACAGAGGACAACAUGUCUGCGGUUACGGGCCCCUUCCGCAUCGUCUCGGAGGAGGAGCAGGCCCUGCGCACCAAGCUGGAGCGCCUCACCACCAAGGACCAUGGCCCCGUCUUCGGGAGGUGCGAGAAGAUCCCCCCGCACACCCUGCAGAAGGCGAAGGAUGAGCUGAACGAGACGGAGGAGCAGAGGGAGGUGGCAGUGAAGGCGCUGCGGGAGCUGGUGCAGGAACGGGCGGGCAGCGAGGAGGUGUGCAAGGCGGUGGCUGAGAAGGUGCAGGGGAAGGACGACUCCUUCUUCCUCCGCUUCAUUCGCGCCCGCAAGUUCGAUGUCCACAGGGCCUAUGACCUGCUGAAAGGUUAUGUGAGCUUCCGCCAGCAGUACCCAGAGCUCUUCGACAACCUGACCCCCGAGGCUGUGCGCAGCACCAUCGAAGCUGGCUAUCCUGGUAUCCUGGCCAGCAGAGACAAGUACGGCCGGGUGGUGAUGCUCUUCAACAUCGAGAACUGGGAUUACGAGGAGAUCACGUUUGAUGAGAUACUUCGUGCCUAUUGCAUCAUCUUGGAGAAGUUGCUGGAAAAUGAAGAGACCCAGAUCAAUGGGUUCUGCAUCAUCGAGAACUUCAAGGGCUUCACCAUGCAGCAGGCAUCAGGGAUCAAACCUUCUGAGCUCAAGAAGAUGGUGGACAUGCUGCAGGACUCCUUCCCAGCGCGGUUCAAGGCCGUCCACUUCAUCCACCAGCCUUGGUACUUCACCACCACCUACAACGUGGUCAAACCAUUCCUGAAGAGCAAGCUGCUGGAGAGGGUCUUUGUGCAUGGGGAGGAGCUGGAGUCCUUCUACCAGGAGAUCGACGCUGACAUCUUGCCAGCAGACUUUGGUGGCAACCUGCCCAAGUAUGAUGGCAAAGCAACUGCAGAGAAGCUCUUUGGGCCCCGCAUCGAGGCUGAAGACACGGCUCUCUAAACGGGGGUCUGCUCCCUCUCCCCUGUACAAUAGGAUGAGAGGUGGCCCUCUAACCCCAACCACCUCCUUAAUGUAGCAUUGG